CACCUUACUGUCCAACGCUCUUACGCAAACGUGAAGACCUCCAGACUACCGUGACAGCUACAACUUCGCACGUCUGCACCACACAUAUACCACAAUGACUACGCGACCAGCACAGGACCGCAUCGCGUCCCACGGCCGCGGCGGAGCAGGCAACAUCGCACCCGAUGUCAACACCGCGUACACGAAGCCUGAGGACCUAGUCACUCCUACGAUCAAGUCGAACACAUACACUACUGGUCGUGGUGGACAGGGCAACAUGGCCAAGAACGACAACCCAGAAAACGCUCGUCUUGCGCAAGACGUCGAAGGUCCUGCGAAGAUCUCUGAGCCUAAGGGCGCCGUGCACUACGGACGAGGCGGUGCUGCGAACAUCAUUACCGACAAGGAGCGCAAGAGUGGCGAGGCUAAGCGCAGCGAGUCUGGCGCUUCUGCUGAGCAGGGCCUUCUAUCCAAGGUCAAGGGCUUCUUCAAGUAAGCCAGCAGUGACUGUUGAAUAUCGAUGGCGGAGGGGCCGCUUAGCUUGAACAAUCUGGCAUUCUUGAGGACCUCAAGGUUCGGCCUCAAGAGUAGGAAUGAUAUGGGGGCAGGGUGUCUUUGUUUGGUUAUGAUAUACCCUGGAGUUGGAAUGUGUUUCUUUAUACCACUCUCAGUUUAUCACAUUGAAUACGGGAAGGGCUCGGUUUGCAGUGCGGCGCUGCACAACAUACUUAAUACAACUCCCUUUCGUCA